AUGGCUUCAAUCUCUAAUUCCAUUCAAUUUUCUCUAAAAAGAUCAAAUUUUUAUUCUUCUUCGCCCCAUAAACUUGUUAAUAGAAAUUUAACUAAUUCAGUUCCACCCAAAAAUUUGUCAAUUGUUGCAAAUUCCAAAAACUUUGAACCAAUUAAGCCUAAAUGCAGUCAAUUAUUGAAGCCAAGAAAUAGUGUUGAUGUUUUUAUUACAAAGGCAGUAGCUGCUGAUGCAGAGGGUCAUGACAUUGAAAUUACUGAUGGGUAUGUUAAACCAACUAAAGGAUUUGCUGAAAAGUUUCCAGCUCUAGUUACUGGAUUCUUUUUCUUUACAUGGUACUUUCUGAAUGUGAUUUUCAACAUACUCAACAAGAAAGUAUACAAUUAUUUCCCAUACCCAUACUUUGUUUCAGUUGUACAUCUCCUAGUUGGAGUAACCUAUUGUCUUAUUAGCUGGACCGUUGGUCUACCUAAACGUGCCCCCAUCAACAAGGAACUUCUGGCACUGCUCACUCCAGUAGCAUUCUGUCAUGCUCUUGGACAUGUUAUGUCUAAUGUGUCGUUUGCAACUGUUGCUGUGUCAUUCACUCAUACCAUCAAAGCUCUGGAGCCAUUCUUCAGUGCUUCGGCUUCUCAGUUUGUCUUGGGCCACCAGAUCCCCGUCUCUCUAUGGUUAUCACUGGCCCCUGUUGUAAUUGGUGUAUCGAUGGCGUCGUUGACUGAACUAUCGUUCAACUGGACUGGCUUCAUUAGUGCAAUGAUCUCAAAUAUUGCUUUCACUUACAGAAGUAUCUACUCAAAGAAAGCAAUGACAGGAAUGGACAGCACAAAUGUAUACGCGUAUAUUUCAAUUAUAGCCCUCCUCUUUUGCCUCCCUCCAGCAAUAUUUAUUGAAGGACCUCAACUACUGCAGUAUGGUUUCCGCGAUGCUAUUGCUAAAGUAGGUCUUUAUAAGUUCUUAUCCGAUCUUUUUUGGAUCGGGAUGUUCUAUCAUCUGUAUAACCAGAUAGCUACUAACACCUUAGAGCGUGUAGCGCCACUUACACAUGCUGUUGGAAAUGUGUUGAAGCGAGUGUUUGUGAUUGGUUUCUCUAUAGUAGUAUUUGGAAACAAGAUAUCAACUCAAACUGGGAUUGGUACUGCAAUAGCUAUUGCUGGUGUUGCUAUCUACUCGUUAAUAAAGGCGAGAAUGGAAGAGCAAAAACGGAAGGCUGCUGCCCUUGCUCAUGCACAAUAGAGGGAAGACUAACAAAGACGAAGAUGGUAAGAGUGAACACUAAAGAGUAUGAGGCAGCGCGGAGAUGAUCUGAUCAAUGCAGUAAGAAUAGUUAACGUCGUCUCAGCUAUGGCUUUUAAUUAUGUUAGUCUAUUUGUUUCUCCUGUACAAUUGUGAAGUUUGCCUCAUUUUGUUGAUUUGAAAAGUCA